AUGUCGACACCAGCAGCGGGUCCGCUCGCGGAAAAGGCGGCUACGCCGGCCGGCGCCUCAGCAUCGCCUUCGUCUUCGUCGCCGCCGCUGCUGCCGACUGGCCGCCUCGUCACCGCCAGCUUCCAGAUCAGCGGCAUGACGUGCGGCGCAUGCGUCGAGACCAUCGAGAGGAUGAUCCGCAACCAGGCCGGCAUCCAUUCCAUAUCGGUCGCCCUCCUCGCAGAGAGGGCCACCGUCACCUUUGAUGACGCCACGUGGACCGUCGAAAAGGUCGUCGACGAGAUCGAAGACACGGGCUUCGACGCAACCUACAUCGAGACGAUACGGACAGAGACGCCCGGUGGCGGCCCGGAAAAGGCGCUCUCGGGCACGGGUGAGGAGAACGGCAAGGGCCAGCCUCAGGAGCUGGGGACCGCCCAGCUCAACGUCUUUGGCAUGACAUGCGCCUCUUGCUCCUCGACCGUCGAGAGGGAGGUCGCAAAGGUGCCCGGCGUCAUGUCGGUCAGCGUCUCGCUCUCGACCGAGAAGUGCCGCAUCGAGUACGACAAGGCUCUGCUUGGGGUGCGCGACCUCGUGGAGAGUAUCGAGGACCUCGGCUUCGACGCCGUCGUCUCCGACGAGCGCGACACGACGCAGCUCGCCUCGCUCGGCAGGAUCAAGGAGAUCGCAGAGUGGAGAUCCGCCUUCCUCUUCUCGCUGUCGAUGGCCGUGCCGGUCUUCUGCCUGUCGAUGGUGCUGCCAAAGUGGCAGUGGUCUCGGUCGAUCCUCUGGUGGCAGCCCAUCGCCAAUUCCUACCUCCAGGACCUCCUCUGCCUUGGCCUCACGAUACCCGUCCAGUUUGGCAUCGGUCGCAGGUUCUACCGGACUUCAUGGAAGGCCAUCAAGCACGGCAGCGCCACCAUGGACGUGCUGGUCGUCAUCGGCACCACCGCCGCCUUCACCUUUAGCUCGUUUUCGAUGCUGGCCGGCCUACUGUGCCGACACGAGGUCGCACCGGCCUCAGCUGUAGCCACCACGCCCGCCGCAGCCACCUCGGCCGUCGCGCAUAUCGUCCAGCGCGGGAUGGACAUGGCUAUGGGCGCAGCCGGCAUCGACGGCAGGUGCACCAAGCCUGCCACCUUCUUCGACACCUCGACGAUGCUCAUCACGUUUGUGUCCUUCGGGCGCUUCUUGGAGAAUGCCGCCAAGGGUAAGACGAGCGAGGCGCUGUCGCGGCUCAUUGGCCUCACCCCAACCUCGGCGACCAUCUACUCGGACGGUCUCGAGGGCAAGGUGGAGAAGAAGGUGGCCUCGGAGCUCAUCCAGCGGGGCGACUACGUCAAGGUCGUGCCCGGAGAAAAGAUUGUCGCCGACGGCGUCAUUGUCCGCGGCGAGUCGACGGUCGACGAGAGCAUGGUGACGGGCGAGGCCGUGCCGAUCCACAAGGUCGUCGGCAGCCAGGUCAUUGGCGGCACCGUCAACGGCACCGGCACCUUUGACUUUCUCGUGCAGCGCGCCGGCAAGGACACCAGCCUCGCCCAGAUUGUCAAGCUGGUCGACGAGGCGCAGACAUCCAAGGCGCCCAUCCAGGCCUUCGCCGACAAGGUGGCGGGCUACUUUGUGCCCACCGUCGUCGGCCUCGGCGCCCUGACCUUUAUCGCCUGGAUGGUGAUUGCGCACCUCAUCUCGGGCCCGGCGCUGCCGUCCAUCUUCAACCAGCAGGGCGUCACCAAGUUCAUGGUCUGCCUCAAGCUGUGCAUCAGCGUCAUCGUCGUCGCCUGCCCGUGCGCCCUCGGCCUCUCGACGCCCACCGCCGUCAUGGUCGGCACAGGGGUCGGCGCCCAGAACGGCAUUCUGAUCAAGGGCGGAGGCCCGCUCGAGGCGAGCAGCGGCGUCAGGCGGAUGCUGUUUGACAAGACGGGCACGCUGACGAGGGGCAAGCUGUCGGUAAGCGGCGUCUUCUGGACCGACGGCAAUGCGCAGGACCCUUCGCCGGUCGCCGCACAGUCGACCAGCGACCUCGACACGGUCGUCAUCGGUGGCCUGUCCAAGAGGCAGACGCUGCAGAUGGUUGGGGCGGCCGAGUCGCGGAGCGAGCACCCACUGGCUCGAGCCCUGGCCCGGUACGCGCAUCGCAGCAUCGGUCUGUCCAGCACGGUGCCUGCAAAGCCCUCUGCAGACGCACCUGCCUCGCUCCUCCCCGGCACGCAGCAGCAGGACAGCGUCACGUUCCCCGACGUCAGCAUCAGCGACUUCAAGAGCACAACGGGCAAGGGCAUUCAGUGCCGCAUUGGCCUUCAAGAGACGCUGACCGACCACGUCGUCCGUAUCGGCGUCCUCGAGUUCGUCGCCGAGCGGCCCGGGUCGGUGCCGGCGGCCAUGCUCGACUACUCGAGGCGAGAGCAGUCGCGCGGCCGCACCGUCGUCUUUGCAAGCAUCGACGGCACGCUCGCGCUCGCGCUCAGCCUGAGCGAUCGGCUGAAGCCCGAGGCGUUGGCCACGCUCACGGCGUUGCGGCGCAUGGGCAUCCGGUGCGGCAUGGUCACGGGCGAUUCGAGGGUCACCGCCCAGGCAUUUGGUCGCGAGCUCGAGAUGGACGCCGACGACAUCUACGCCGAGAUGAGCCCGAGCGGCAAGCGCGACCUUAUCCUGCAGCUGCGUCAAGAGGCGCAGGGCAUCGAGCCGUUGGCAGGCGACCUCGAGGGGCAGGGCGGGCGUACGGGACCGAUCCGACUCGCAAAUGGCCAAGACGAUGGGUCGUGGUUCUCAUCCCUCCUCGGCAGCGGCAGCGGAGGCGGUGCGCGAGGCGGGCGCAGCAAGCUCUUCCGCGAGAACCGCGCGCUGAUCGCCAUGGUGGGCGAUGGAAUCAACGACUCGCCCGCGCUGGCCUCGGCCGACCUGGGCAUCGCGCUGGGGACGGGAUCCGACGUGGCCAUCGAGGCGGCGUCGAUAGUGCUGAUGCGCUCCAACCUGCUCGACGUGGCGGCGUCGAUCCACCUCUCGCGGCGCAUUUUCGCGCAGAUCCGCCUCAACUUCCUGUGGGCCACCAUGUACAACCUGGUGGGCAUACCCCUGGCCAUGGGCGUCUUUCUGCCGUGGGGGUACAGUCUACCGCCCAUGAUGGCCGCGGCGGCCAUGGCGUUUUCGAGCGUCAGCGUCGUGCUGAGCAGCCUUACCCUCAAGUUCUGGAGACGUCCGCGCGAACUUGCCGUCGCGUUCGUUGAUCAGGAUGACAGCGGUGAUGAGGAGGAAGAGGAGGAGGAAAGGAGGGCGAGGGAGGCAGGACACGUGGCUGCCGUCGGCGAGGGCGAGGCGGGGGCGUUUGCGCGGGUCGUUUCCAAUGUCCAGGAUCUGGGCUUCCAGGUCCUCGGUCGUGUCGAGACGUCCUUGGCGUCCCUCGUCGGCUCGCGCCGGUCCAGGACUCGGCUCAAUGCUCCCGCUACCGCACCUGGCUCGGCGCAGUACCAGCCCAUCGCCUCGGACGACGUGGCUUGA